UUGCUUAGAAUUAGCCAUUCCAUAACAUACUAAAAGUGAACUGAAAGGUGGAAGGCAGAAUGGUCUGUGCCUGGAGGCCUCCUGAAUGUUCAGAAACAAACAGUGGAAAUUAAAGGGAACUAAAGAGAUGUUAGAGCGUGGGCCCUUUAAAUAAAGAGGCAGAUGAGGCUUAGGGGAAGGCCGAGCUACACACUCUCGCCUCUGAUUGGCUGCCGAACCCCAGCGCGUAGAAACAUAGAGAUAGACCAACCUAUCUCUUUCCAGGUAAUCUCAGCACACAUUACUAUUCACACACACAGACCCAUAGUGAUGAUAUCCUUUCCCAUAUGACGCGUGACCUACACUGAACUAGAGUAUUCUAUUCCCCAAAACCCCAUUAACCACGACCCGGCUGCUGCUAGAAUCCCUCCCAAUUGCAGUUCAUUCGGGUCGUGCCUGGGGACUGGAAUUCUGGGAAUUGUAGUCUUUGCGUCCCCGUGUGACGCCCUUUUCAGCCUGUAACGCGAUCUUAUUGGACUUCGUAGCCCUAUAUGCAACGCGGCUGCAGGAAAGCAGCUUCUGGAACGUGUAGUUCAAGUUGUCAUUAUUGUUGUUAUCCGACAAUACUUCGAAACUACAUAUCCCAUCAUGCCUCUCAUCCCACCAGUCUAUAUGCAGCCGUUCGUUUUCCCUGCCUGCUGUUUGCUUUCAAUAGCCGUAGUCAAGCCCCCGAGCUGUAAUUGUGAGCCAGACCGCCUGCCUCGAGAGCCUGUGCCGUAUAAACGCGGUCGUUCUCUCAUCCGCAUUGAGUGUACCAUGACUACAUCUCCCGCGUUUCCCCGCGCCUCAGUUCUGCCCCACCUUCCGCGCGUUGCCUGCUGGGAGAUGUAGUGCGCUGAACAAUGGGAGCUGCCUCGGAGUGUAUGAAAAGACUACGCUUCCCGUCGUUCCACGCGAGAGUAGCUUGGGGGUUUUGGCGCCGGCGCUGUGCUCGAUUAUUAUAGUAGUUCCCAGAGCGGAUAAAGAUGGCGACGGCUGCGGCCUCGGCUGGUCCCGGAGCCUCGGGCUCGGUGCGGGGCCGCUUUCCGGGCAGGCCGUGGGUUGGGAGGAGCGGGAGCCGUGCGGAGCGAUCUCGUGUAACCUUCCAUGUGUCGCCUGAUGUGGGUUCCUCCGAGAACCCGGACUCGACUCAGCUGCAGAUCCUCGGGCUUCACCAGAACCUGAAGCGGCUGAAAGGGGCCUGUGGCCGGGACAGUGACAGCGGCGAGGAAGACUUUGCGGGUUUCACUGCUGAAGAAAGUGCUCUUGGGAGCUCACUCCGAUUGGCUCUCAGAUCAAACAGAGAAAAAACGCCUGAACCAGCACCGACAAGCUCAUUGCCGAGCGCAGCACCCCCCAAAAAGCCACUGUGUUCCAUUCCGCCACAUCUAAGGCAUAUUUUUAUCCCUGAAAAGGAGAUCCGGGUGCAUCUCACUCAACUCGAUCCAUGUUUAGUUAAUAUGGCGAAGUACUCCACCAUUAUUACCCGGCCCAAGAAGGAAGAGGUCCCUGUUACCCCAGAAAAGCAGCACAAACCUGCAGAUCCCAACACAGUACCGCAACAGACGCUAUCCUCCUCUGAACCCCCAAAAGAGAAAGGGAGACCUCAGAGAUCAAGGACUCGCACAUGGAAGGCAAGUGCCUCUGAGGCUUUCCGACGCCAUCUCCAAACAGACCCCAGCCGAGAAGCAACCAAAUCUCCUGCUAACGGCAACACAACUGAUUGCAGCGAUGCUCCUUCCACAGACACAAAAAGUCUGACUGAGGCAACAGAUCAACAGGAAGAGUUACGUGAUAGGAAAAGAAUUCUGACUAGUCAGGUUGUUGCCGCUUCUGAACCUGAAGGGGCUUCUCCUGUAGGAAGGUGUAGAGGAGAGAGGCAUGAGAACCAGAGCCAAGUGUAUGAGAAGGAUUUACCUCCUUCACCCAAUAAGGCUUGUCCUGCUUUAAAAGGACAGAGGGACACCCAGGUUCCUAGAGUAAAAUGGAAGCUUCCAGCAGGUUAUAGGCAAGUGAAUGAGCUGGAAGCUGACACUUCAGAAGAAGACGGGCUACAAAGUAAAGAAGGUCUCGCUAAUGACAUAAAGGACAAGUUACCACGUGGAGAAGCAGAGAGCCUGGAAGCAAGUGAAUCUGUGGAAACUGAAGAGAGAAAUCUGUUGGAUGGCUGUAGCACUGCGGAAGAACAUAAAGCAGACAUGGACUGUGGGUCUGAGGCAACGUUGCUACCUCUUCAUGGAGAUAGACAUGGUUUUUCUGCAUCCGUUCUGCCUGCUGUAGCAAGAGAGGAAAUGUCUCUGCCGGACGUUAACUCUACAGAUGAAAAAAUUUGUUUGGUAUCUGCGAUGGAGCCUCAAGAUUCCACAUUUACAUCCCCCAAAAAGAAAGUCAAGAAAUUGAGUAACAGCAAAAAAGCGAAGCUACUGCGUGCCAAGAAGGCUGAACAAAUGGCCGCUAAAAGUCUGCUGGCAAAAAUAAAGGAGGCACAUCUGAAAGCCCAGCCCUAUAUGCAAGCUCCGUCUUCCAAGGAGAUGGCACCAAGGAACAGCAGCCUCUCCACGAGCAUUCAGAGCAUCGUUGCUCCUGUACCCAGUGCCCGCCCUUCCCGCGUCAUUAAAGCACCUCGCCGGUUUCUUGAUGAGACACAGUUGUCUCCUUUUACAGAAAACCAAACCAAGGCCAACCCAGUUUUGCAUAACACCGAGGUCCUUAGUAACAGCCUGGCGGAAAUGGAGCCGCAAGGAAUAUCUGAUUCCCUUCCUUCUCCUACAGAAACGUUUUUCAAUCUGUUUAGUGAAGAUCAUCUGUGUUUCCUUCCUCCCCUCUCACCUGAGGCAGAAUCCACGCGCUCCUGCCCUUCAUCUGCUUCUUCUCCUACUUUAAAUUCUCUUCCAUCGCCAUCUCUUUCUGAGAGCAAGCGGAAAAAUAUUCUUCGGGCGCCUACUUUUUGUUGGAAUUCAGUUGGUACUACUGACCAGGAAGCCCAAUCUACUCUGUGCUCCUCUAGACCUCUCUUUCGCCUGCAAUCUCCUGCCUCUCCACUAGAGCUGUUACAACUACUCUCUCCACAGUCUGCUCCAUCCUCCCCACCUCCUCAGCCUGUCCCCAAAGCAGAACCUAAAAGGUCUCCCCUUCUCCGGGCCCCCCAGUUCACGCCUAGUGAAGCACAUCUGAAGAUCUAUGAAUCGGUGUCUUUCGAGGAUCGGGAUGGCAAAUCAUCUUUUUCCCCUCCUAACCGGCAGCAACAUGCAGACUUCACUUCAAGCACAACGGCCAAUGUCUCUGCACCAGAAACCAUGACUGCAUUGGUGGCCAAACAGAGCGAUUUAAAUGUAGGAUGCCGCCGGGCAAACCAUCUGACCAUACCUAUGUUUGACUCUACAUCUGAUGCUUUGUUGGGCACUGAACCAACACUAAAACCCUCUGAUCAAAUUCUCGCUGAUCCAGCUGAGUCCCUAAACUUGGGGUACAAAAGUAUUACUUCCCGGAAGGUGAAACGUGAGAAGGGAGCCAUUAAAUUGGGACCUAUGAACAGCCGUGGUGUGGUAUGUAAAAUGGCCAUCAAAUCGCCAUCCCUAUCACCCACGGAGACCCUUGCCGAAAGAGGAAUAUCUUCUGAUGAGACAUUGUCUGGCACUGACAAAAAAGUCAUUUCUCUGCUGGAGAAAGCCAAGUUGCAGUUAAUACGGAUUGACAAGCAAAAGAAUUCUGAAAUGGGUCAGGAUUCACCAGUGCAGGGUCCACGGAUUAAACAUGUCUGCCGGCACCCAUCUGUUGCCCUUGGAAAGCCUCGAGCCAUGAUUCCUGAGGACAUCCCUCGAUUGAGUGCUCUGCCAAUGCACGAGAGGGAACCCACUGUACCCUCCCCCAUAGACCAGCCUGAAGAAACCUCCUCCGCCUCUGAGGCAGAAAGCAGCACCGUGAAGCAGAAGAGAGCCGCCCCUGUACGUAGCAAGCCGAAGGCCCAAACGAAGGCAAGACUGCGCAUGGGUCGGUGCGGCGUUUGCAAAGGUUGCUUAGUGCAGGAUGAUUGUGGCAAGUGUGUGAACUGCAAAGACAAGACCAAGUUUGGAGGCCCAAACACCAAGAAGCAAUGCUGUGUGUUUCGGCAAUGUGACGCUAUUCUGGCACGGAGGCUGGAGAGGGCAGGAAAGAAAGGUCGAAAAGCGCCAGCGCAGUCACGUGAAAAUUUUCCAGACUCUGAUGACACCUACCCCGAUACCUGGAGGGCUGAAGAAACCGAAGCCAAUGAUCCAGAUUCUCUCUCUAAACGCAAGUCCUCCCGACGGUGCGUGAGACAGCGCCCGUUCUACGAUCUUUUCCCCGAAUCCGAAGACACUGACUAUGAUCCUGCCCCCAGUGUCUCGCGUAAGAAGACACGACGAGAGUCAGAUCGGCUCCCUCAAGACUCUGAAGAACAGAGCAAACCUCGCAGAACUCCCCAACAGCCUCUGAUUCUUAGAGCUCGCAAGGGCCCAGAGCAAGAAUCUGUAGUGAAUGGGGGUUCUGGGAAAUUGAAGUCUGCGGAUGGAACUUACCGAUUGCGGGUUGAUUUUAAGGAAGACUGUGAUUUGAAAAACGUGUGGCUGAUGGGAGGGCUGAGUGUCCUGACGUCUGUUCCUGUCAAACCAACGCUCAUGUGCCUACUGUGUGCCAGCAGAGGGCGUCACAAGCUGCUGUACUGCCAGGUCUGCUGUGAGCCGUUCCACAACUUCUGUUUGGAGGAAUCCGAGCGCCCGCUGCCCAAUCAGGAAGGAACGUGGUGCUGCAGACGCUGCAAGUUUUGUAACGUGUGCGGGCAGAAGGGAAAGGCCAAAAAGCCCUUGCUAGAAUGUGAGCUGUGCCAGACAAACUAUCAUGUCAACUGCCUAGGACCCAAUUAUCCUCUUAAAGCUCCUUGUAACGGAAAAGGCUGGACCUGCUCAGCCUGUGUCCGCUGCAGAAGCUGUGGGAUUGCCCCAGGAAAAGAUGGCGACUUGGAGUUAUCCAAUGACAGCAAGCUGUGUGGGGAGUGCCGCACACUCUAUGACAAAGGAAACUUCUGUCCCAUUUGUAUCCAUUGCUAUGAAGAGAGCGAGUACGAGAGCAAAAUGAUACAGUGUGCAAAGUGUGAUAAAUGGGUUCACUCCAAGUGUGAGGGGCUUUCUGAUGAAGGCUAUGAGAUAUUAUCUAACCUACCUGACAGUGUGGUGUACACGUGCCCCCCUUGUCUGGGCAACAACAGCCCAAUGUGGCGGGAAGCGAUGCUUUCUGAACUGACUGCCGGGCUCCACGAGGUUCUGCAGGGAUUACUGACUUCUGAUCUUGCUGCUUCUCUCCUACAUUGUGCACAGUGCUCAGAUGACAGUCGCUGUGGGAAAUGUGAGCAUGGUCCGUGUGAUCUGCAGUCAUUGCGGCAGCUCUUGGAAGAUGGUCACUUCAGCUCUGUAAGUGCUUUCAAUGACAGUGUGGCCUGUAUUAUACAGAAAGUGGUAAAGGAAGAGAGUUAUGGCUCUGAAUUCGGUGGGGAUGUUUUCAAGAGUUUGUAUUUAAAGAGUAUGGAGAAAAGCUUUAGCUGGUUCAAUGCUGAAGAGUCGGAGCACUGGCAGACCAAUUGCAAAACAGAGACCAAAGACAUUCUUCCUAACGCUGUUCUGCCUCCUUCCUCUGAUCAUAACUAUGCCAACUGGAGGAUAAAGAAAGAGGAUCCGCCCAGCAAGGGAAUCCUCCAGAAAACUGCUUCACCUGCUAAAGUGAAGCUGGAAAAUGAUGCAGAACCUGCUGCAGAGACGGAUACACGUCAGUGUGCUCUCUGCCUCAAGUACGGAGAUGAUGAUCCUAAGGAUGCCGGGAGACUGUUAUAUAUUGGCCAGAACGAGUGGACCCACAUCAACUGCGCUAUAUGGUCAGCUGAGGUUUUUGAAGAGAAUGAUGGCUCUUUAAAAAAUGUACAUUCUGCCGUGGCUCGUGGGAGGCAGUUACGCUGUGAUAAUUGCCAAAAGACUGGCGCUACCGUCGGCUGCUGCUUAUCCACGUGCCACAGUAACUUCCACUUCAUGUGUGCCCGGGCGAGUCGCUGCUGCUUUCAGGAUGACAAGAAGAUGUUUUGCUCAAAGCACACAAAGCUACUAGACGGCAAGCCGGUAGAAGAGGAUUCCUUCUAUGUUCUGCGCAGAGUGUAUGUCGACUUCGAGGGGAUCAGCUUUAGAAGGAAGUUUCUUCAGGGACUGGAACCUGACAAUAUCCACAUGAUGAUUGGUUCCAUGAAGAUUGACAGUUUGGGAAUGCUCAAUGAUCUGUCCGUCUCUGAAGGGAAGAUUUACCCUGUAGGAUAUCAAUGUUCACGGCUCUAUUGGAGCACGCUGGAUGCCCGGAGGCAAUGCUGGUACAAAUGCAGGGUACUUGAACACAGUCCAAAGUCUGGUGAAAUCCAUCCUGAGGGAGAGGAGGGACAGGAGCAGAACAAGACCAUUGUUCAUAGUCCAGGCCCUUCACCAGAUCCCUUAGAGAAGGAAUCGGCUUUCAGCCCCCCACUUCCUGCAGAUAUAACCUCUUGUGGACGGCCUCCAUCUCUUCAGCCAAACACCAGUGCAACUGCACCUCGCUCUUUUAUAGGUGCACGUAUAAAAACUCCAAACUACUCUCCAUCACGACGGCCUCUUGGGGGUUCAUCCCGACCCCUACCUUCACCAGGAAGCCCAACAUCCUCAUCAAUAUCACACCACAUUCUCACUGUCAGUGAUCCAGAGGUGACUCCACUUCGUAGGACUCGCAGGCCAGUCCCACGUUCUCGUUUUAAUUCACAAUCAUCCGUUCGCUCUCCUGAAGAAACCACCAGCCCACCUACACUUCCAGCUCGUCCCCUGACUCGGCAACGUACUACUUCUGAGAACGAGGUCCCAACUCAGGCCUUGUGUGGUGGGGGCAGUGAGGUGGAAGUGAUGUCAUCAAUAGAUGGAGGGCUGAUGUCAGGACCUUUACAUUGUGGAGCCCAACUGAUUGUGGGGGCGGAGACUCCAGCUGAUGAGUCAGAGAGUGACAGCAGUUCAGAGGAGGAUGCUGAUGAUCAAUACUAUGGGUUAACGCGAACAGUCGUGUCCGGUGAUCAGUUACGUUCUGUGGCAGACUCCUCUGUUCAUAUCAGGCAGCUAGAUGGAAUCCAUGAUAGUACAGACAGUGAGGAUGGGUCCCAAGGUCCCUGUGGCCCUGUUGGUGGAGGAAAAACUCCUUCCCACAUUCCAUCUGAGAUUGUGGAAUUUGUGCUUAAGAACACGGGUAAUUCUGAAUCUGGAUCUAACCUGCAACUGCAUCAUAUCGGCCCACCAGCAUCUGUAGCCUCCUCUUCUUCCUCUUCCACAAAAAACGGAGAUGCCACUCCGCUCUCCAACGGCACCAGCUCUGCAGCACACCAGCCUUCACAAGGGCCACCACCUCUUAAGGACCCACCGCAGCUGCAAAGAGUGUGUCAUCCUCUGAUCUCUGUUCCUACAAAGACUUAUGGCUCCCCUGAUGCCCCUCCAGUGACAGCGAAUGCUGCGGCAUCCAAGGUUAUUUUUGUGAAUAAGAUGGGUCAUGUGCUGGUGAAGGUCGAGAAUGGAAAAGCAGAGCAGUCACUGCUGAAAGACACUUCCAAAGCAGAGCUUUUUCCGGUUCGUGCACUCCCAAAGCUUCCCGCUGCGAAACUUGUUAAAGUCGCUCCAAAAAAUGCCAAAAAUCCUCUUCCCAGUCUUCCUCAAUUUCCAGCGCGUUCCCCUUCAAUGAACGCCCUUAUCUUGCAGGCGACUGCAGCCUCGUCCAUUAAUCCAGGCCAGUCGUGGACUCUGAGUGCCCCGGUGGUACGUGUUGUGCCCAUGCUAAAUGUAAUGCAAGGUACAGGGCACAUUACUCUGGGCACACAAGCACUUAUGACCCCAGCAAUCACUGGAAUGCCUCAGACAUGUCUACUGCAAAAUGUACCCAUGAAUAGUGGCGUUUUGGGUGUCUCUUCCUCAGUGCAACCACAGCAGCAACAGCCUCCGCUGAAACCUGCCCCACAACCCCAGGCACGUGUCCAGCCACAGAUUUCAGUGCUCCAACCUGCUCCCGUCAAGGUGGUGUCUCUUCCUUCCCUUUGUCUCAAGAGACCGCGCUUACCCAACAGCAGUUGCUCCACUGUCAAGAAACUAAAACUGGAACAAGUUGGAUCCACAGUGGGGGACAGAACAGAUACUUCUGUGCUAAGCAGUUCAGUGGUGCUAAAUGCUGACCGUGCUUCCAGCUCAGUUGCCUGCACAAGAUUAAAACGGGCCAGAGUCAAGGCUCCCGUGGUGCAGGGAGUUCUGGAUCUCACCUCUCUGAAAGAAGAAGAGCAGAGUCUGAAUGAUGGGCUAUUUAUUGAUGUUACUCUUGCUGUGAAAGAUGAAGACUCCCAAGAGGAAACCCCCGUGGAUUCUCCUUCCUCUACGCCACCUCUAGAAUACAUUCCAGAUUUUGAGAAAGUAAACUGCCAGGAAGAGAAGAAAGGUUCUCUGCCCAGGAGAGACGGACCCUAUCUAAGAUUUGAAAUCAUCAGCGAAGACGGAUUCUACAUCCAGGCCGACAGCGCAGAAGAUGCCUGGAAAGCUGUUCUGGAGAAGGUACAAGAAGCUCGUGGAGUAGGAAAGCUACAACACUUGUCCCUUUCAGCUAGUAUGAUCGGAACCCGCAUGUUUGGAGUGCAGCACGAUGCUGUGCUUUUCCUCCUGGAGCAGCUGACUGGUGCUGAGAGAUGUCGCGGGUACAAGUUCCUUUUUCAUCCUCAAGAAGUAGAAGAAGGAGAAAUUUCUAUCAACCCCUCUGGUUGUGCCCGCAGCGAAGUCUACGUCAGGAAAUCUACAUUUGACAUGUUUAACUUCCUGGCUUCUAAGCAUCGCACGCUGCCGGAGAUUGGACCCUGCGAGGAGGAAGAGGAGGAGGUGCAGUUAAAAUCCACCAGGCGCGCCACCAGUCUGGAUCUGCCAAUGGCAAUGCGAUUCCGCCACCUGAAGAAAACCUCGAAAGAGGCAGUUGGAGUGUACAGGUCUGAAAUCCAUGGCAGGGGUUUGUUCUGCAAGAGAAACAUAGACGUGGGAGAAAUGGUGAUCGAAUAUUCCGGCAUCGUUAUCCGUUCUGUAUUGACUGACAAAAGAGAGAAGUUUUAUGACAGCAAGGGCAUUGGGUGCUACAUGUUCCGCAUUGACGACUUUGAUGUGGUGGAUGCGACAAUGCACGGGAAUGCGGCGCGAUUCAUUAACCACUCGUGUGAGCCCAACUGCUACUCCCGGGUCAUCCACGUGGAGGGACAGAAACACAUUGUCAUCUUUGCGCUUCGGAGCAUUUACUGCGGGGAGGAGCUGACCUACGACUACAAGUUCCCCAUUGAGGACGCCAGCAACAAGCUGACCUGCAACUGCGGCGCCAAGAAGUGCAGGCGAUUCCUUAACUGAGCCGCGCAACAAGCCACGCCCCCUAGUGGCUGCAGCAGUCAGAGCGGAGGUGCUGGCACUUCCUUAUAAUUAGCCCCGCCUUGGGAGACCCCCCUGCAGAUGGACGUCAGGGGGGCUGCAUCUCUCCUGCGCUGGAAUUGACUUUUUUUUUGUCUUGAAUCUUAACUCGGAUUUCUAGAGGGGAUGGGGGGGCAGCAUUAAAGGAAAUAAAUGCACUUUACCCUCUGUCCCUCCAAACGGGGUACAUGGCAAUUUAGGGGGGUCUCUUCUCCUUCCUCUCAGGGUAUUCUCUAAUUUGUGCUCUGGAUUCAGCUUCUUCUACUUUGCUGCUACUUUUGUUAUGUUCUAAGAGUCUGUUGCGUCACUCUCCAAGGCCAAACAGCAAGGACAUCAAACCAGCUUUGGCUUUUGGGGGAUCCGUACAGCCCCCCCCUUUUUUAUUGCUGAGAAAGGGAGCCCCUCCCCCCUUACUUGGAAGGAGGAGCAAGCUCAUCUUGGGGAUGACAAUCAUUUUUAGUUGUAAUAUUCCUGUAACUCACUAGGGGGCAACCUUCAAACUCUAAAUCACCAGCCAAUGAAAAGCCUCCGUCUACCCUGCCCUAACUUAUUGCAGCCAUGUUUCUUUUCGGCUGUUUAAUUACCCUCCCCCCCCAGACAGAAACGCACCAAGACCACCCAGCGACCCAUUACACAUAACAUCCUCCUCUUUGCCCCCAUAAUUUCUCCCUCUAUUUAUCAGUUCUGCCCUAGAUUUGUCUCUUCCUGAAGAAACAAGUGAGAAUCCAGUGUGAGACUUAAAGAACCGCCGCCGUGAGUCGUGCGCAGGGUGUAAAUAUCUGUACAAAGAUUUGUAACAAUGUUGGUUUUUCUAUGCACUUUUUUUAUUUAAGGAAUUUUGAUGGUGAAUAAUAAUGUUUCAUUGUUUCACCUUGUCUUUGGCAUUUUAAAUAAAAAUGAACAUUUUGCCA